AUGGUUGAAGACAAUUCUACAUUUGCACCUGAAUUCUUUCUCCUGGGCUUUACGAGCCAAGAAGACCUGCAGGUGAUAUGCUUUGUCUUAUUCCUUGCCAUCUACGUGGUCAGCCUAGUGGGAAAUCUGGGGGUGAUCACAUUAAUCAGAAUUGAUUCUUGCCUGCACACACCCAUGUACUUCUUCCUCAGCCACUUGUCUCUCCUGGAUGCCUGCUACUCCUCCACCAUCAUCCCUCAGGCCUUGCUGAACUUUUUGGUGAAGAGGAAGGCCAUCUCCUUCAUGAGGUGUGCCGGUCAACUCUUCUCCUUUGCCACCUGUGCCACUGCUGAGUGCUAUGUGCUGGCUGCCAUGGCUUACGACCGCUACGUGGCGAUUUGCAACCCGCUGCUGUACCCUGUGGUCAUGUCCCGGCGGCUCUGCAUUGGGAUGUUGGCAGGUGCCUACCUGGCCGGAGUGCUCAGCUCAGCCAUCCACACGGUUUCCAUAUUCCAUCUCCCGUUCUGCCAUUCCAGGAGAAUCAACCACUUCUUCUGUGAUGGCCCGCCACUGCUAGCCCUCUCCUGCUCUGAUGCCCAUGUCAGCAGGGCGGUGGUUUCUGCUGUGGUGGGCUUCAACGUGCUAAGCACCACGGUCUUCAUCCUGGUCUCUUACUGGCUGGUCCUGUCCGUGGUCCUGCAGAUCCGCUCCGUAGCCGGGCGGCACAGAGCCUUCUCCACCUGUGCCUCUCACUUGGUCUCCGUCACUUUGUACUACGGCAGCUCCCUCUUCAUGUACCUGCGCCCCGGCUCCACAGCCACCUUGGACCAUGACAAGGUGGUCUCUGUGCUGUAUGCAGUUGUAGUCCCCAUGCUGAACCCUCUGAUAUACAGCCUGAGAAAUACAGAAAUGAAGAACGCCGUCAGGAAAGCGCAAGGUAGAUUGCUCUCCUUGCUGCCCAUCAGAGGUCCCAUCAGGGCCAGCUGA